UAUCAAUCGAAAUUUCAUCAGAUCAGAAAUCACUGAAAUCAGAAUUAUCACAUGUAGAAAAUGAAUACAGAAAAAGAAAAUUGAAGUAAAAUCCGGCGAAGUUCCAUUUUUUUACUAUUGUGAAACGAUUUAAUGGUGAUUUGCAUGUUAUUAGUUCGAUUUGAUUCAAUUAUUUGAUGACGGUUUUUCCAUGUUGAACAAACUAGCCGGUCUUACACUUUCUUUCCGUAAAGAAGUACUACCAUGCGAGUGUUGCUUUAAAUUGUGUGACGUUUAAACGUUUCAAAAAAGUCAUCAUGGCUGAUCCGUGGCCGGCGCUUGAUAAAAGAAAAGCUGAAAAUGAAGCCGACGAAACUGAGUCCGAAAACAAAAAACCUCGAGUGAAGAGGAAAAUGCAUGCUCUGCUACUCGCUUAUUGUGGCCAAGGGUACCUCGGAUUACAGAGAAAUCAGGGAUUGAAAACUAUCGAAGAAGAUAUUAUGGUAGCGUUGAAAAAACUCGAAUUAAUCAACGACGAAGAAUUCGCGAAACAACAACUUGUUCAUUUUCAAAGAGCAGCGCGUACUGAUAAAGGCGUUUCAGCCCUUCGUCAAGUUAUUAAUCUUAAUUUGAGAGAUGGUGUAAAACCUGAAGAUAUUAAUCAACAUUUGCCGGAGCAAAUACGUAUUUUAGCAAUAAAAAGAGUCACGAAGGGGUUCAACAGUAAAAAUAGCUGUGAUUACCGUACAUAUUCGUAUACGUGUCCUUCGUUUGCAUUCGCCCCAAAAUCAGUUAAACUCAGUGAAGAUUACAGGAUUAAUGACGAAGUAGUUGAAAAUGUGAAUAAAUGGGCGAGUUGUUAUGUCGGUACUCACAAUUAUCACAAUUUUACUUCUGGAAGAAAACCGUUGGAUCCGAGUUGCAAAAGACAUAUAAUGAGCGUAGUUUGUCAACCUCCUGUUAUAAGGGAUGAGCUAGAACUUGUUACAUUCUUAGUAAAAGGUCAAAGCUUUAUGUUGCAUCAAAUACGUAAAAUGAUCGGAGUACUUAUGGCUAUAGCCAGAGGGUAUGUUUCUCCAGAUUAUAUUAAUAAAGCAUUUCUCGCCAACGAAUUACUCCAGCUGCCAGUUGCGCCAGGACUUGGUUUACUUUUAGAACAAGUUCAUUAUGAUUGGUACAAUAAGAAAUAUGGAGAAAACGGUAUCCACGAGAAAUUAGAUUUCCAAGAUGUCGAAGACUUAGUAUCAGAAUUUAGAGAGAAACAAAUUUACCCGAUUAUUAUUAGGGAAGAAAAAGAAAAUAAAUCUAUGUUAAAUUAUAUGGAAACACUUGGCGCUCAUUAUGAAGAAUAUCAUAGUGAAACUUCGGAUAUUUUUUCCAAAGUGUUGCCCAAUGAUUUCGAAUUGGAAAAUGAUACAAAAAGCUCGGGAAAUAAAGAAGCCGAAUCAAACGAUACUGUUAGCAGUUCGGAAGAAAAAAUCCCGGAAGCUAGUUCAUCAAAUUGACAUUAUUGCUCAGGCUGUAAAGCUCGGAUAUAAUUUUCCUGGAUAAUUUAUUGGAAAUAUGAAUACGCUAUUUUAUUUGAAUGGUUUUUAUACCUUUUUGACUAUUCACAAGCAUUAUGAUACGUGAUGGUUGUAUUUAAAGAUUAUGAAUAGACCAUUCAACUUUUAAA